AUGGCCGUGCCUCUUUUCAAUCUGGCUCCCGAUUUGGCUGUCUCAAGACUAUGUCUAGGAACCAUGACUUUUGGCGAGCAGAACACGAUGGUCCAGUCUUUUCAGCUUCUCGACAAAGCCUUCGAUGCCGGAAUUAACUUCUUCGAUUCCGCUGAAAUGUAUCCGGUGCCCCAGCGUGCAGAAACUCAAGGUAGGAGCGAGGAGUACUUAGGCUGUUGGAUUAGACAGAGAAAGAUCCCUCGGGACAGUGUAGUCUUUGCCACAAAGGUUUGUGGGCCAUCUGGACAGAUGACUUGGAUUCGGGAUGGGCCAACAAGUUUGGAUGCUAGGAAUAUAACCAUAGCCAUUGACAAUAGUUUGUUGCGGCUCCAAACAGAUUACAUUGACCUGUAUCAAAUUCAUUGGCCUGAUCGCUAUGUUCCCAUGUUUGGAGAAACUGAGUAUGACCUGAACCGACAGUUCUGUUCUGUGAGUAUUGAGGAACAACUUGAUGCUCUAGGCAGAGCUGUUAAUGCUGGUAAGAUCAGAUACAUUGGACUCAGUAACGAAACACCAUAUGGCAUGAUGAAGUUCCUACAGAUUGCUGAAACUGCUCCUCUCUGUCCCAGGAUAGUAUCUGUGCAGAACUCAUACAACUUGCUUUGCCGAAAUUUUGAUUCUGGGAUGGCGGAGUGCUGUCAUCACGAAAGUCCUCUGGCAAUGGGCAUACUUUCUGGAAAGUAUUUCUCACCUGAAGGUGGUCCAGCUGAUGCUCGUUUGAAUCUUCUUAAAGGUUAUAUCACUGACUUGUUUAAUUAUUGCAACCUAUGGGUGAAUCUGUCUCACUUAGGCAGCCGUUUCAACCCGUCUGCAACAGGGAGGUAUUCAGAAGGGGAGUCAAGAUACAAGCUGUCCGACACCAUCAUUAAAGAAGCUACAAGGGCAUAUCUUGGCAUCGCAAGAAAAUAUAAUGUUCAUCCUGUAUAUCUUGCAAUAGCCUUCGUAUUAAGACACCCUCUUGUCGCCAGUGCAAUUUGUGGAGCGACGAAGUUAUGGCAGCUUCAAGAGAUUCUUGAUGCAUGCGAGGUAAAGUUCAGUCCCGAUAUGAAGGCAGAUAUUGACGAGGUUCAUUCAAGUGCGGACAAACUCAUCAAUAAUUUGAUCAAAGUAUCUGCAGAGCAUGUCUUUAACACCAGCCUUGGUGCUGACGGGCUUGGCGGCUGGGCAUGGAUACGGAAAUGUUUGAAGUUUGCCCUGAACGAAAUGACUGAAUCUUUGGAUUCAAAAACAAUCUGCAACUUCAGCUGCCUGUCCAAAGAAUGGCGCAACUUGAUCCCCUCAUCGUGUUUUAAGAAGCUUCAUCGCAGCAAUCGCUCCAAGCGUAACAACCCCCUAUUACUCCUCUUGUCUGCAGGCAGUGAUCCAUCUUUGUACCUUAAUGUCGUGGACAUGAAUGGAAGGCUGCUUGAAGAAAACCCUAUUCAAACCUCCAUACCAUUGGGCAAAAUUGGAAUAUAUGACUCUAGCCUAUACACUCCAACAAAGAAUCAUGGUGAGGGAGCACGUGAGUGGCCAUGGCACGUGAUAGAGAUAGCCACGAGACGAGCAUUUGAGUCACGCGACAAUGAAGAAUACGGUCCUCUUGUCAUCUGUCAUGUGGCAUAUUGUCGGAUGGGGAAUGUAAUUCUGCUUCUUGGAGUAGAAUACCAAAUUUCUCGUGUUCUGGCUUCGUUUUUGAAUGCAGCAGAUGUGCUAAUGGAGUUUUGUAUUGGGCGCUCGAAGAACAAUAUGCCUGGCACAGCAUUCUCUCGUUUGAUUUGGAGAAAGAAAAUUUGGAAUCAUGUAUCAUUCCCAGUGGGAUUCCUACCUACAGUGUUAUUUAGAAAACUUCAAAGGUUAUUUAUGUUUACUCGCGAUGAAGUCUGCUCCAAGUUCAAAAGAAAAUUCGGGGAGGGUAGAGUUCGGCAAAGGGUUUGGAGGACCAACUCUUUUAGUGGCGUCUGUAACCUUACUACGCUACCCAAUCAGCGGAUAAAAAGUCGAACUCUGCAGGGCUGUUUUAGUGAACCCUGA